AUGGAGAACAUAUUUUUCAUUGCAAGGUCCAUUGGCGUUACCCAUAUCAACGUUGCGAUAGAAUUGAAAAAUAAGGUGGAUAAUUUGAUUCGAGAUAGUCAAUUCGGUGGGACUAUAUCCGCAAAUCAAUUGGAUCAUAACAGUGAACAAUUUCAGGGUCCCGAACCCAGCGUAGAUUUGCUGCCCAAUUAUUGUCAUCACAGGGGUGUUGCUGCUUUCCGUUUGGUUCUGUCCAAAUAUGCUAUUGAGUGUGGGUUUGACUUCAAAUUUGUAAAAAAUGAUUCACUGAGGGUCACGGCAGUGUGCACGUUGCAAGAGAAAAAAGGGUGUACACGGUUGAUACAUGGAAAGGUUCAAACAUGCAAUGGAUAUUUUUAUUUGAAGAGGUUGAACAACUUGCAUAGUUGUGGGGCUGUUGUUCGCACUGGUAAGAAUAGUAGACUUAACUCUAAAUUGGUUUGCAAUGUUAUUGGUGAUCGGUUACGUGAUAAGCUGCUUACACGUCCCACGGACGUCGUGUUUGACCUAAAGAAAGAGUACGGCCUGAAUGUUAGUUACCACAUAGCAUGGUUAGGUGUGGAGAAGGCAAAAGGCGAAGUGUAUGGUGACUAUCAUGUUUCAUUCGAUCAACUAAGGUGGUACACGGAUGAGGUUAUGCAGUACAACCCUAGGAGUUAUGUCAACUUGGAUUUCGAGCAAUCAACCGGUCGAUUUAAGCGGUUCUUUAUAUCAUUCAAAUCUUGCAUUGACGGAUUUAACCAUAUCCGCCCAUUAUUGUUUCUUGAUGGCACUUUUUUAAAAGGGAGAUUUAAAGGCAAUUUGCUUGCAGCGACGAGGAAGGAUGGUUUAUUCCCAUUAGCCUUUGCUAUUAUUGACUCCGAAACAACUGCAAAUUGGACUUGGUUUUUACAGCAUCUGACAAAGGUUGUCAGUAGUGCUUACACAUUAACUUUCGUAUCUGAUCGUAACAAAUUUGAGGGACAAAUUACGAUGGGUUGA